AUGUUGCAGGCUGCUCAAGGCAUGGGCAUGACCAACACAGCUCCAGGCGCAGAUGCACCUAACCUCAUCGAUAACUCUGAAACGGUUCACAUAUCAUCGCUGGCCCUCCUCAAGAUGUUGAGACAUGGGCGGGCGGGUGUGCCCAUGGAAGUUAUGGGUCUCAUGCUGGGGGAUUUCGUUGAUGAGUUUACCGUGAGAGUUGUUGAUGUGUUCGCGAUGCCUCAAAGUGGUACCGGAGUUAGUGUUGAAGCUGUGGACCCUGUCUUCCAAACCAAGAUGAUGGAGAUGCUUCGACAAACGGGAAGGCCGGAGACUAUCGUCGGAUGCCUCGCUGAAGGCUAUGCUAAGCCCUCUGAGAGGGGGAGACGGAACAUCGAAGACGUAGCCCAGCAGCUCAUCGAAGAUAACAUCGUCGCGGUUUCACGACAGAUGAUCGAUAAGGAAGCUUCCUUGGCCCGAGAAACGAGUAAAAAUGGGAUGCAGACUAUGGAUACCAGUUGCCACAGUAGAUGUUAUUACUGUAAAUAUACCAAGGUCAUAUCAUUGCCUGAAGGCCUCAUGUUAUCCUCAAGAGGGAGCAGGACACGCUUUCUCAUCUCUACUCUAAUAGCUCCGAGCAAUACCAUACAAGUAACUAGGCUGACGUUCUUGGGGUGGCACGACGGACGGAGCAUUGAUCUCCCCGGCAUCUACAACCCCAUGCACAAUGGAUGA